UGUCAGCUGGUAAAUGUCACAUAAGACAUUCACCAUAACAAGUCAAAUUAAUAUUGUAAUGAAUUACAAAUUUCAUUGUAUUCCGUUAUUGAAACAAUAAGAAAUAUCGGAGGUUGAUUGUAUUGCAAUAUUUUUUUAGAAGUAGCGUGAAGUAUGACUAUUUUGCCAACCAAAAGGCCUUCUGCCAGUGUUGAAGAAAAUAAGGACAACAAUCAAACUAAUAGUAAUAACGAUAGGAAUGUAAGAAGAAGGGAAGAUCUUAGUACAAUUCAAAUUAAUGGAUUAGCAGAAGCCAAUACCACUUCAAGAAGAUCACCUUUCUCCUUUGGCAGCAAUUCGUCUGAGAGAAAAGAUAGAUUGCGAAAGAGAUUCAAAGAGUCCGAAAGAGUACGUGAUAGAGAAAGGGAACGUGAACAGAAGAGGGAAGUUCGUAGGGAACAGAAACGAGAACGCAUUGCUAAAAGGGAAGUUAUUGCUGAACCUAUACAUGAAAAUUCUUCUAAUAACAACCAAGUAGAUGCUAGUGUUGUAGAACCCACAAAAAAUGAAAGUGCACUCAUCAUCAAGGAAGACUGCACUGGAUUCAACAGUGAAGAUGAAUAUGAUGAUCGCCUCAUCAGUCAGCAGUCUAGUAUUAGCAGUGAAGAAUGGCAAAAGAGAGAUGAAUAUUUCAAGAGGUGUAUGUCCAGCUUGGGUUUUGAAAUCAAACAAAUGAAUGAAGAUGGAGCUUGUUUGUUUCGAUCUAUCGCUGAUCAAGUUUAUGGAGAUCAAGAGUGCCAUUCACAAGUUCGUCAAGAUUGUAUGAACUACAUCGUCAAGAAUCGAGAUUAUUUCGAGCCUUACAUAACGGAGGAUUUUGAUAAAUACAUUGCUCGCAAGAAACACUGGAACGUCCAUGGUAAUCAUUUGGAAAUUCAAGCCAUGAGUGAAAUGUACAAUCGAACAAUUGAAGUUUAUUGCUAUCAAGUUGAACCUAUCAAUAUAUUCAGUGCUCCCAGACUAAUGAAUUCCUAUGAGCCAAUCAGACUAUCAUAUCAUAGAAUGUGUCAUUACAAUUCAAUCAGUAAUCCUAACAAACCAUCUGUUGGUGUUGGACUUGGCCUACCCAAUUACCAUCCCGUUGAUGUUGAUAGAAGACGGUUCAAUGAAGCUAUAAGAGCUAGUGAAGAAUUACUUAUUGAGCAGACUAUGCUAGAGGAUAAAAUCCUAGCUACUGAUUGGGAAGCAACAAACGAGGCAAUCGAGGAACAGGUUGCUAGAGAAUCGUACAUACAAUAUUUUCGUGACAAUGAAAGACGUUUGAAAGCGCAGGGAAAUAAUCUAGGUAGUGGAAGUAGUUCAACCAUCACUUCUUCUAUGAUUUCAUCAAUUUCAACACCAAGGCCUUCUAGACGUGGUUCGGCAUCACCUAAAGGGGGACAGUCACCAAAAGGGGGAAGUUCACCCAAAAUUACUUAUUCUCCUCAUGCAAGUCCUAGGAAUACUUUGCAAUCAAAUAGCCAUCCACUUGUAGAAAAUAAUGUAGACCAUUUGUCCCCGCCCUAUGUGCCCACUGAAGAAGAAGCCUCUUUUGCUAAGAGAGUCUUCAAUUCGCCACGAAGAAUUGAAACAAAUAGCGAUUUCAGUAUUGCAGACUAUUUAGAAGACAAUCAAAUAAAAAAAUUUUGCGAUUCUCAGCAACCAGGACCCUCUAGUCUUGUGGAUAACGGGUUUGAAGAUUUCGACCAGGAAAUCAUGGCUCGAGUAAUGGCAGAAUCGCAGAAAACAUAUUUGGACGAAUUGAAGAAUAAAUCAAAGAAACGUUUCGGUUCUCCAGGACCUUCAACUUCAUCAUAGCUCAUUCCUACAGUACAUUGAUAUCGUUACUACUUAAUACAGUAAUGUUUUCUAACACUUAAAAAAAUAGAUUUAUGUACUUCUCCUUGCCCACUUAAUGAUUUUGCAAGUAGAAUUUCAUAUGUAAUAUGAUUAGACUUUUUCAUAGAAUUUAGCUUAUUUAAGUUAGUCCGAUUAUACUUCAUAUUGAAAUUUUUUUAUUUACGUACACUUUGUGAUAUUAUGAUUUUGUAUGAUUUUAAACAUUUUACUAAUAAUUUUCAUUUGAAAAAUUCAGCAUCAUUACAGUUUGAACUUUAUAUUUUGUUAUGAAGUUGGACUCCAGAUAUAUCCUUAAUGCAAUAUAUAUAUAUUAAGCAAUA